CUUUACAAAUUUAUAUGUUGACAAGUUUGCAUUAUAACGUCUACAAAGCAUGAAGGGUUGGUUUGAUGCAUUUCGAGACGAUGGUGGGCCGACACUGUAUUCAUUUUCAAAUCGUACACCCGUAACGGGCGAUGUAUCGAUAGUAGCCGUAUCUGUAUUAUUUGCAACAUUUUAUGUUGCAUUCUUAGUUAUAUUUCCAGGUGUAAGAAAACAGAAAUUCACAACAUUCUCAACUGUCACAUUAAGUCUUUUCGUGGGACUAGUCAUUUUAAUCACAAGACUUGGUUCAGCAUGGCAUGUUGCCCAUACGACAAUUAUAGCGCCAUAUAAAGCAUUUUCGCGUGAGAAAUUGCCGGCGCGUAUUGGUACCCACAUUGGUCUGAUGCAUGUCAAUGUGACGUUGACAGCCAUACCCGUUGGCAAUUGGACACCACCGGACAUCGAUUAUAAUGAACGUUUCACCUGGGAGGGUGCCACCGAUAUGAGUACCAAUUAUCGUGAGGCACUGAAGCGUGGCCUACCGUAUCCCAUCUUAACCGUUGCCGAAUAUUUCAGUCUCGGCCGUGAAGGCUUCUCAUGGGGUGGCCAGUAUCGUGCUGCCGGCUAUUUUGCCAGCAUUUUACUGUGGGCCUCCCUGGCCUCGUGGCUGAUGAUGAAUUUGCUGCUUAUCGCUGUGCCACGUUACGGUGCAUAUAUGAAGGCCCUGACCGGUGCACUUUUGAUAUGCACCAAUAUUGGCUAUUAUUGUCAAUUGCCAAAACGGCCAUUGACCAUAUAUAUGGAGGGUGGCCGAUUGGAAUUUCAUUUGGGCUGGUGUUAUUGGUUGCUAUUGGUAGCAGGCAUCCUCUGCUUUGUAGCUGGUGUUCUAAUAUCCAUUAUCGACUUGGUUUGGCCACACACCUUCUCAACCGUUCUCGAGGUAUACUAUGGUACACCGUAUGAUCGACAUGUCAUUCUGGAGGAAUCCAGCGAUGUGCGUUAUCGGAAACGUACCAGUCGCAGUUUAGAAGAUCCACCCGGAUUAGGUUCACGUAUCCUGCGACGUCUCUCAUCAAAGGCACGGGAUAAUUCAAUGCCACAGACACAUCGUGGCAAUACAAGUAUGAAUGCUAUGUCAUCACAUAUGAGUGGUGGUGUGGAUAAUAAAGCCUAUCAAAGUGAUGUGCCAAAAAGUCCAUGGCGUUAUCCAUUCCGUAGGGCCCAACAAAUACAGGCGCACCCUAUGCAUAUGCAGCGAACAAUGUCUCAAGAUUCAAGUUCUUCGAUAGCAUCGGCAGCGGCAAUGCAGCAAAUAUCGCCACUACAUAAACAUGCCUUGUCAAGAAUGUUACCAAAUCCUCCUAUAAAUCGCAUAAGGGACCUUGAACACUGGUGACCGUACUUGAAGGCU